GGAGCACCUUCUUGUUCAAGGCCUGUCAACCUUUAUGCCUCCCUUUCCUCCCACCUGACCCCAAGCCCUUGGUAAUCUGCCGGGGGCGGGGGUGUUUGAUUCCCACAUACCUCUGGAAACUGGCCUCUUCUGACACCCACCUCCUAUCUCUGUUGUGUCCCUCCAAAUUCCAAGUUGAAGUCCUAACCCUCGAAACCUCAGCAUGUGACUGUGAUUCAGUUAAAAUCAGUAGGGUGGGCCCUAAUCCAAUAUGCUGGUGCCCUUAGAAGAGGACAUUUGGACACAGACACACACUUGACUAGGUUAAGGAAAUUUCCUUCUAGUCCCUAGUUUAUUCAUUUUAUUAAAUUAUAAAUGAGUGUGGAAUUUAUCACAUGUAUCUAUUGAAGUCUUUGUGAGAUAUACUUUGUUAAUGUGGGUAGGGCUGUCAAAAGAUGCUCCUUCCUCCAGGCAGCACAGCUCCAUCCCAGGGCCCACAGCCUGGCAGCAAAGCUUGAACUGAAUUUCAGCCCCCUUCAAGCCAUCAGCAAGAUGCCCACAUAUAGGUCACACCCUAUGAAGAGUCUGGCUCUAGGCCAAACCCUAUGUGUGAUGGUUCAGGCCUGACUGCAGGCAACUGUGAAGGCUUCCUUUGCCUGGCAGCCCUCAGGGGGUGGGGGUGGGAGUGGGGAAGCUGCCUUCCUAAGAGACUGGCUGCCCAGCCUAUGCAUUGCCAUCUGGAGGCAGUUAAGAGUCAAGCACUCAGCUCCCUAGCCCCAGCCCAGGCACGCUCUCACAUACACCUGCAAUACCUACAUUCCCAGCCUAGGAGUCUCCACCGGGAGAUUAAGGGGGCAAGGGGAGCACCUGAGACACUGCCCAGAUGCCUCUGCCUCUAGCCCUCCCCACUACCCUCCCCCUGGUGUCCAGCUCCAUUAAACACAAGAGCUUUUUGUUCGGGGCUCCCUGGACAAGACAGUGAGCAAGACAAUUGCCUUCCCCACUCCACCAACUCAGCUAACCUUUGCUCAAUGCUGUUUCAUGGAGGGAAAACAGAACUUUGGGAAGCCAGCAUUCUUUCCUGUUUAGCCUCUUGCUUGUACUAAGUAAAUAAAGGUCUGCCUGUUAACUUCUGGUUUGGCUCCUAGUCUUAAUGGACACUUUGACCUCUGGCAGCUCUGUGACAACGUACAUGACUAUAUUUGGUGGCUUGGUGGUCAGUGAUGUUAGAUUUUCUGAUAUUAAAUCACCCUUGAAAAAUGAGGAUAAAGCAAAGCUGGUAAUGCAGGAAAAUUUUUUUAAAGAUAUUUUGCUAGUAGGUUUGCUAAGAUUUUUAAUGGCUCAUUGAUUUUCAGUAUUUUUCUCUUCGUUUUUCAAUACUAGCAUGUACAAAUAUAAAUUGUCUCCUAAGUAUCUCUUUAGCCCCAUUACAUGAAUCUUAAUAUAUAGAGAAAAUAGCGGGGACAAAUGGGGGAGCAUUUCUGAUGGGGGAGCAUUUCUGGCAGGUUCAGGGUGAGUGAGGGAGGCCGAUGUGGCUACCCAUUUUCUCCUUUCUAAUAUAAUUUAUUCUCUGAGACAUGAGUUAUUUAGGAAUAUUUCAUAAUGUCCAAAUGUAUGUCUUGUUUAAAUUAACCCAUUUCUUUUGCCUCAUUGCAAUCGACAGAGCAAGAUGGGUCACCAGCAGCUCUACCAGAGCCAUCCGAGGAAAUUUGGCCAGGGUUCUUGUUUUUGCCGUGUCUGCUCAAACCAGCACGGUCUGAUCCAGAAAUAUGGCCUCAAUAUGAGCCGCCAGUGUUUCCAUCAGUACGAAAAAGAUAGAGGCUUCAUUACGUUGGAUUAAGUGAAUUCCUUGAGUGGGUCAUCCAAGAUAUAUACCUUAACUGCAGAUAUCCAAGACACCUACCUUAAUGCCAACCCAUUGUACAUAAAAUAAAAAUAUUCCCAUUAAAAAAAAAUUAGGGGCGCCUGGGUGGCUCAGUUGGUUAAGCAUCUGCCUUUGGCUCAGUUCAUGAUCCCAGAGUCCUGGGAUCGAGCCCCACAUCGGGCUCCCUGCUCAACGGGAAACCUGCUUCUCCCUCUCCUAGUCCCCCUGCUUGUGUUCUCUCUAAUAAAUAAAUAAAAUCUUUAAAAAAAAUUAACCCAUUUCUGUAGGUAUCUAGCUUAAUUGUAUCAUGAUCAGAGAAUAUAAAUAUGAUUCUGAUCUUUUGGUCUUUUUUGUGAUUUGUUUUGUGUCCUAGUAGAUGGCCAGCUUUUGUAAAUAUUCUAUAUAUACUUAAAAAAUGAAUAGUCUCGGAGUGCCUGGCUGGCUCUGUUAGAGGAGUGCAUGACUCUUGAUCUCAGGGUCAUGAGUUCAAGCCCCACUCUGGGUGUAGAGAUUACUUAAAUAAAUAAAACUUUAAAAAAAUGAAUAGUUUCUUUUUUAAAAUUUUACUUAUUUAUUUGAGAGAGAGAGUAUGAGCAAGGAGGAGAGGGAGAGGAAGCAGACUCCCCACUGAGCGGGGAGUCUGAUGUGGGGCUCCAUCAGAGGACCCUGGGAUUGUGACCUGAGCUGAAGGCAGCCACUUAACUGGCUGAGCCACCCAGGCGCCCCCAAAAUGAAUAGUUUCUAAUCAUUGUAAACAGAGUUGGAGAUAUUUCCAUUAGAUCAAGCAUGUUGUGCGCUUCAAAUCUUCCAUAGCCUCUUAAUUUUUGGUCUACUUGUUAUAUGAGUUGAUCUCACUGUAUUAGAAUACAUGUGUUAAAAUCUACCACCGUAACUGUGAUUUGGCAAUUUCUCUUUUUAAUUUCAUCUUUACAUGCUCUGAAACUAUAUUAUUGGGUGCAUAUAAAUGUAGAAAAGAUAUAUCUUCCUGGUAAAUUGUUCUUAGUAUUUAACUAUGACUAUCUUUAACCCUAAUAUGUUUUUGCCCUAAAGUCUGUUUUGUUUGGUAUUAAAAUAGAUACACCAACUUCUCUAUUUUUUAAUAUAAAAUUUUUGUGUAUCAUUUUUUUAAGUCUAUCUCUUGCAAACAGUUCAGAAGUAGCUUUUAUUAUUUUAAAAAAUUGGACAGUAUCUUUUAUCUGGCAGGUUCAAUUCAUUUACACUUAUUAUGAUUACUGACAUCUUUUUUUUACCAUCUAAUUUUGUACUUUUUUUUUUUAAAGAUUUUAUUUAUUUAUUUGUCAGAGAGAGAGUGAGUGAGUACACAAGCAGGGGAGCGGCAUGCAGAGGGAGAAGCAGGCUUCCCGCGGAGCAGGGAGCCCAGUGUGGAACUCGAUCCCAGGACCCUGGGAUCCUGACCUGAGCCGAAGGCAGAUGCAUAACCGAAGGCAGAUGCUUAACCGACUGAGCCACCCAGGCGUCCCUGUACUUUCUAUUAAUCAAGACUUUCUGUGAUUCUGUAUUUAUUUUUUCCUAUCUUCUACUGGGUUUUCCCUAUUACCCUUUCUAUUUUCUAAUGGUUUAAAAGUUAUUCAUUCAGGGCACCAGGCUGGCUCAGUCAGUGGCUUGCCACUCUUGAUCUCAGUGUUGUGAGUUCAAGCCCCACACUGGGUGUAGAGAUUACUUAAAAAUAAAAUCGUAAAAAAAAAAAAAAAGUUAUUCAUUCAAUAUCUAUUCUUUUGGUGUUAUGUACUUUUAAAAAAUUGAGUUAUGGGGGUGCUUGGGUGGCUCAGUCGUUGUCUACCUUCAGCUCAGGUCAUGAUCCCAGGGUCCUGGGAUCGAGCCCCUCAUCGGGCUCCCUGCCCGUCGGGAAGCCUGCUUCUCCCUCUCCCAUUCCCUGUCUCUCUCUGUCAAAUAAAUAAAUAAAAUCUUUAAAAAAAUAAAAAUAAAAAACUGAGUUAUAACAUGCACAUAGAAACGUGUAUUCUCCAAGUUUAUUCAUCUUCAAGAUUGCCUUGGCUACUCUUGAACCUUUGCAUUUCUGUAUCAAGUUUGGAUUUUGCUUUUUAAUUUUCACAUGCAUGCACAUGUGUGUGCACACAUACACACACACACACCCCCUGUUGAGAUUUUGAUUGGAUUUUCACCAAAUUUAAAAGAAUGGACAUUUUUACACUAUUAAAUCUUCUAAUCAAAGAACGUGAACAUUUUUUCAUUUACUUAAGGGCUUUACAUUUUUUUCUCUAUUUUAUAGUUUUCAGUGUAAAACAGUGGUUCUUAACUAGAAAUAAUUUUGCACUCUUUUUUUAAUAGCAGCCCAAGCUGACUAAUUUACCUCCACAACAAAUACUUAUCCAUUCCAAAGUGUCAAUAGUGCCAAGUUGAAUAAGUGGUAUUCAACUUAUUAGAUUAUUUUCCCAGACAGCUCUAUUUCGUUUUUUCCAGUCCUUACACUUUUUCUUUUCCUUGCCCUACUAAACUGGCAAGAACUAUGUUGAAUAAGCAUAAUAUCCCCAGGAAAGCUUUCAAUAUUUCCCUACUACAUAUGAUAUUCUUGGUAGGUUUAUAGUUGACAGUUAUCAGAUUUUAAAAAAUUAUCCUCUAUUCUUAGCUUGCUAAAGAGUCCCCCCUGCUUAUUCAUGAAUAGGUAAAUUUUAUCAAGUGCAUUUCCUAAUUUGUCAAGAUAAUUAUAUGGGUUUUUUUUCUUCUUGUUUCUCUCUUUCAUGUGGUGAACUGAUUGAUUUUCAACUAUUAAACUCCCCUUGUAUACUUGGAAUAAACUGCCCUUAGUUUUGAUGCAUUACUUUUCUUUUUUGUAAUAUACUUGUCAGACUUUUGUGAUUAGAAUGUGUUGACCUCAUAAAUGAGUUGGCAAGUGUUUCCUAUUUUUCUAUUCCUCAGUAAGAGUUUGUGUAAAACUGAUAUUUCUUCUUUAAAUGGUUGGAAAAUUUUGCCAGUGAAGCUAGUUUGGCCUGAGGUUUUCUUUGUGAGGUUUUUAACAAUGGAUUCAAUCUCUUCCAUAGAUAUCAAACUAUUCAGCUUUUCUACUUCUUGUUCUGUAAGUUUGGUAAGCUGCAUUUUAAAAGUGUAAAGUUAUUCCUAACAUCUGUAGCAUAACUGUAUGAUCUGUAGUGAUGCUCUUUUAACAGCACUCCAACCAGUCUUAAAGGUUGACUUGCUUUAAGUUAACACACACCUUACUUGCUGACCUAAGGCCUUUGAUAGGUAACAGAACUAAUUUACUCUCUUUGACGUCCACAGACCACUGGCCUUGAGGAGUGAAAGACCAAAUUUUCCCAGGCCACAGGGGCCAUCAAGUCUGAAAAUGUCUUGGCUUUCUGACUAGCCCAGCAAUUUAACAACAUAUUUUUCUUUU